UUUUAGCUGAACUUUCAUCAAAAAAUUGUGUACAUAAUAUAACCUUUAAUUUUGUAAGAAGUACAAUACCGAUCUUGUAACUAUUCAACAAAUAUUAAUUGAAAUAAUGGCAAAAAAAUUACUCCUAUAGUUUGAGUGGACAUAAAUAUGACCACUUUUACUCUUUCCAAAAAUAUGACUCGGUCUUCUCUCUCAGCCCUCACACACUCGCAGCUCCAGGAAGACAGAGCCUUCUCCUUCGCACGGCCGUGCUUUUUCUCUCCGUCAUACAGCCCUCAUCUAAAUAACCCUGACCCUAACCUACUUCCCAGAUCUCUCCUUCAUCGAUGUUCUGUAGAUGAACAAUCUGCACCGCAGCCGCACCCCAGAUAUCAUUCGAAGCUUCUCAGAUAUGCUGCGUCGCUGCCGCACCCCAAACCCUCUUUGUCGCCGCUCAUUGCCGCUCAUGUCCGGGUGAUCUUCUCCAUCAGAUUCUUCACUCGUCACCUUCGCCCGUAAUAGCCUUCACAUCAUAGCUCUUCUUCUACCUGACUGCGGACAUCCUUGUCCGAUUUCAUCGAUAAAGAGGACGAAUCUAGUCAGCUCGCUUACCAUCGGAUUGGGAUUGCAAGUUAGGGUUGGGAUCGAGCUAGGGUUACGGUUUUGGAUGGGGCUAAAGUUACGGGGGUUGGGGUAGGGCUGGAGUUACGGGGGUUGGGAUGGGGCUAGGGCUGGGCGGAGGUGCAAUUGGAUGCAGAGGCAACAGGUGGGGCAGCGGUUGGGUGUUGCAGGGGUUGGAGGGGGCUACGGAGGCCAUUGGUCACUUUUCCGGCAAUUUCACGCGUUGGGGAGCAGGGGAGGGGGCUGGGGCUGGCAUAAGGGGUCGUGGUAGGUCUGAACCCUUCUUCUCUAGUUCGCCAUCGCUGAAGCAGUGGUUCUACACGGCUUUCGUGGCAUUCAUUCUAAGCUGAAGACGAGAGCUGGGUGGAGGAAUGGGCUGGGGUUUGGUUUUUGUUAAUUGGGAUUAGGAAGAUGAUUUUGCAAUUGAAAUUGUUUGCUGAAGUUUAUAACUGAGAUGGUUGGUUUGGAGGAGAUGUUGAAGGGAAUGUUUGUUGAAGGGUUUGUGGUAGGGUUGGGGAAGGGAAUGGGCGGAGAUUGCUGGGGACGGGGGGGGGGGGGGGGGGGGGGGUUUGAGGGCUGGGGAGGGGGCCUGGUAUGCUGGGGAGGGGGCUGGUGGGGUGGAAAGGGGGCGGGUAUGGGGGUUGGGGAGGCGGGUAAUGGCGGUGUUGUUGGUGCGGCGGCCAAAUUUGGUUGAAAUUUACGUUUCCGUCAAUCAUAGUGACACUGACGGUGGAGAUGUCACUGUGGCUAGAGGUUGGAACGGAGAUGAUUAACGACACAGUGACACGUUUGAUGGCGACACAAUGACACAUUUGACGGCGGAAGUGACAUUUUAAAGUAACAUGAAAACCGGCAGUGACAUUAAAAAGUGACAUAAAACCAGUGACCAUUCAAAAGUGACAUAAAACAAGUGAAAUAAAAAAAUAAUAGUGACAUAAAAAUCUGGUAGAACUAUGUUUUUCCAAGUAUAUGACCUCCUUGGUCACAUUUUUGUCCUUUUAUAAAAGUGAUCACAUUUUUAAAAAUUGGUUCUAAAUUAGUAAUAUUCAUGUAAAAAGCUCAUAUUAUAAUUAGUACUGAGUAUAAAGUUAAUCAUAAACCUUCC